UGUCUGAUUCUUUUCAAUACAAAAAUGGCUGAUGUGCAACAAAAUUUAUCUAAAAUGAUUUCGGCUCAGCUACGCAAUAAGGCAAAUGAGUUUUUAAACUCAAGAAAAAAUGCGAAUAACCUCGCUGAUAUCAUUCAGAUGUUUGAGGCGGAAACGGAGAACUAUACUCCUUUGUUGCUUGCAAUUGAAGUUAUAUUUACGGAGCUGUUAAAAAGGGGUGAUCUUAUACAACAAAUAGUACCAUUAAAACCUGCAGAUCACAGCCCCGAAGCAGAGUACCGCAGAUGGCUGAACGAAUGCUAUGAAACAGCGCUGACUCGCGUGCUGGAGUGUGUCAAACGCGGCCGCACCAACUCCAGGCUGCAAGCACUAGUAACCGCUUGCAAGUUGCUGCAGGCAGAGGGUAAACAUCCUUUGGAACAUACCAGCAGCUAUUACUUCCCCUCGGUUAGAUUGAAGAAUAUAUUUAAUAUAUUGCUCGACUCGGAAAUACCAAUGACUGCACCUAUCACCCGUUUCCAAGAGUUCACUGAGUAUCGGGACAUGCAGCAGUUUGGCUUGAAGGUCCUGUGUACUAUUGCCUAUCGCAAAUCACCAACCCACAUUUACAUGCAGAACUAUUUAGAAUUGCUUGACAAGCUCCUAGCUCUCGAGAUACCAACGGAAAACAAGCCUAAAUCUAAAGACAGGGAAGAUGAAAAAGAGGACAAACUGCUCUGUGCCAGUGAAAGAAAGGUUAGUUUCCAAUUCAGCCCGGUAAAUUGCAAGCGCUACGCGAACAGGUGCUGGGGCUUCGCGUGCCAGUGGCCCCUCUGUGGGGAGCCGCGCACGCACCGUCGCGCGUUGCUGCUGCUCGUCGAAAGGCUCAUGCCGCUGCUGGCCAAGCCGCACCUGGCUACGGACAUGCUGUGCGACAGCCUGGAUGCUGGGGGCCCAAUAAGCAUGCUGGCGCUGCAGGGUGUGCUGGAGCUGGUGCGUCACCACAACAUUGAGUACCCGGAUAUAUACGACCGUCUCUACGCAAUGUUCGAGCCGGAAAUGUUCGCUACUAGAUACAAGCGACGAUUGCUGCAUCUCGCCGAUAUAUUCCUCAGCUCCACGCACCUGCCCGAAAGUCUGGUGGCCGCGUUCGCGAAGCGCAUCUCCCGCCUGGCGCUGGUCGCGAGCCCGGAGGACGCGGACGCGCUGCUGCAGCUCGUGUCCAACCUGCUGCUGCGGCACCCCGCGCUCAAGCGGAUGAUCUGCUGCGAGGACACGCCCGCCAUCAUGUCGAACGACCCGUACCUUUUCGAUGCAGAACUAAAGAAGAGGUUUAAAACUAUUGAAAUUAACUUCAUCAGACCGGAAGGCAUGAGCUUGACCAACGGGGAGCGGCUCAUGCAAUAUUGGGAGCUUGUGGCCUAAUGUGGCAACACUGCCCAGAACGGGCAACACACAAGUAACAAUACUUGUCUUGAAAAUUUUCGAGCGUGGCAACAUCGCGUCGGCCAUAGUUGGUAUUCUCGUCAAACAAAAUGUCGUAUUAAUAUUUUUGUUUUAGAAACUAAAAUAUGACUAGUUGAUAAAUUUAUUGAUAAAUCAGUUUUGUAACUAAACGUUUUAUAUGUGUAACAAUUUUUUCUACAGCAAAUUUGACUUAAGUAUUAAUUUAUAUUUGCAACAGAAUUUGACGGAACACUUUAUAUGUAUGUUUAAUUUAUUUGAAGUAAAAGUAUAUAAUGAUAAAAGUAAAAAAUAAUGCAUGUUUAAUUAAAACUUUUGUCCGAUGUAUCUUCUUUAAAGUUCUAUUUUGUUAACACUGCCAAAUAUGAAAAUAUAAAAACAAAAGGCAGUGAGUGAUAUUCAGUUUUGUUUUCAAAAAAAAUCGAUUUCCCAAAAAGCAUUCUUUCAAUCAUUCGAUUGUACAAUGACCAAACAUAUUUAAGUGUUAGCUGUAUAUCUACAUAGUGCGGUAGUUUUUGUCACUUUUGCUUUUUUUUUGCAAUUUUUUUAUUUUCUUUUUAUUAUUAUUGUUAAAAUUCCGCUUCACUUUGACGGAUGAUUGAUUACUAUAGGUAGCGGUUGUUCAUUGCGUUUUCAAUAGUUAAUUAGAAUGUAAAAAUUGUUUGUUUAAAAAUAUAUUUUUCUUUUUUUAAGUCUGAAAUUAUGGUGUCGGAUUAGAGGACAGUGCAAUGUGCAUAUGUUAUGGGUUUUUUGCUAUGUGUAAUCGUAAUUUUGAUGUAUAUUGUGAUAAUAUUUAAAGUUGGGUCGAGUAUAUUAAACAUUUUUAAAUGAUUCUUUGUAAAGAGGAUAAAAUUAAGGCAUUUUUCACCUGUAUGAAUAAAAAUUAAAUGGAUUAGAAAAAAACACGUCAGUACAGAUAAAAAAUCAUCCUUUUUAAAUGGUGAAAGAAUAGCGAGCGUGAUGGAAAAUAUAUUAUAAUUGAAAAAUUACAAUAUAUUGAUAAAUGAAUAUCAUAAAAUUCAUUAAAACAAAUUACGAUUGCACAUAGCGAUGUUUCUACAGCUGUACGAUGUUGUAAUAUUUUUAAUUUUAUUUUUGUACGUGUAUGUAUAUCUGUGAUCCGGUCACAAGCGUUGACGCAACACGCCAUAGGCAGUAGAGUUAGUUGUUUUUUUUUAUAUUGAUUUAUAUAAUUACGUUAGGACUGUUUCGCAGUUGAAAUAGCGAAAAAAGCCAAUGUUGUCAUCAGUGAUGUAUACAAAAUGGGAGUCAAUGUUUAAGUACGGGCCUAAUGUUUUUCAGGAGAUUUCGCUUUUUUAUUAUUAUUAUUAUUUGAAAUGCCUAAAAUCGUACCAGUAGUUUCUGAAAUAGGCGCGAUCAACCAAACAAACAAACCCUUCAGAUAUAUAAUACUAGCUGCACGCCCCGGCUCCGCUCGGGUAGUCAUUUAUCGUAAUUGAAAAAAAUAUAAACUUUCCUAUCUCUUAAGUUGAAUCAAACUGCACAUAGUGUCCUAAUUUGAUUAGAAUCAGUUGUAAUUUAUAUAUAUUAAGUAGUAGUAAGUACAUGUACGUACAAGUACAGAGCAAAAGAAAGAUAUCGAUGGAUAAUUCAAUUUUGUUAAAUUAUUCGUCAUUAGAAAAUAUUAACUACCCUUUUUGUAUGCAUUAAAGGGUGUUAUACACAAAUGAUCCGCCUCGAUAAAUUACUCCCAGAACAAACCAAAAAUAUGUAUCAUGCAACACCGCAGGUUUUCGGCCCAGUAGUCAAACAUGCCAUCAAAUAUGUAACAGUUUUGUUAUAUUUUCAUUGAGUAUACACAAUUACGUUUUGCGUAAACGCUGGUGGGUAUGAAUGGUAAAUCGUUUAAGGGGCCGUACAUUAAUCACGCGCAUCCAGCGAAUUAUUUUUUUUUGCACCCCCCACCAUAAUGGACGGUUUUAUCACUGCGCAGUGAUAUUUACCAGGCACAAAAAAAAA